UUGCGUGGGACCACUGGUUGACAGCCCGCACCAUGUACGUACCCGUGCCGAUCGAGUACACGCGGGCGACGUCUCAUCGGCGGUGUCUCGGGGCUCGUGUGUGUUUGUGUCAAGAGCUGUUGCGAAGAGAGCGGAGUACGUGAGAAAAAGGCUUUGCAUUGCGUGCACGGUGAUCGGAGACGAUCGAAGCUGGUCGCUAGCCGUGUGAAAAGAUCAACAGCGGUCCCAGCGGUGAAAGAAGGUGCCAUCCGUGUGCCGUGUUGUGCAUUACGGUGAAGAACACGGUGGUUGUUGUGCCGUGAAAGCAACAAAACACUCUGCUCAACCGCACUACUGUGUGCAUAACUCAUUACCCCGUGCCUGUGUGUGUCGCGUUUCGAAACAUUUGUGUGUUUUUUGCCAUAAACAGAGUAUCCACUUCGGUGUGCUGUCUGUAGUGUUCUGUGUGCGCGUGUGUGUUUGGUUUUGUUCUGAAUUCGUCGCCAGGAGGCCCCCAGAAGCGUUCGCGUUCUCUGACAGGCGGGCGCAAGCGAGAAGCAAGCGAGCAAGCAAACCACCAAGAGCAACGGUGUGUGUUAUUCACCUUUACCCGCAAACGGUAGCGCAGGGAACGAGCGCCGAGAGCAGGAAAGAAGUGGAGCGCGUGCGGCGCGUGCAAAAGAAUAUUCCCUACCCGAAGUGUAGAAUCGCGCUAUUAUACUCUGUGCAUGUGUGUCCGUCCGUCCGUCUGUGUGUGUGUGUGUGUGUAUGUGUACGUGCGCGUGUGUUUUUCGUAUUGCGGUUUUUUUGUAAAGCAGCAACAACGCAGCAACAAUAAGUAGCUGUAGUAGGCUGGGAAGAAAAGGCGAUGACGAAAGCUCGACGGCUACUGGAGGAGAACACGGGCGGAAAAUGAGCUGGUCAUCGCUGGACGGCUGGAAAAGCUACAACCGAGAACGAAUCAUCCGACGACCAUCAAAAGACGACGUCCAACGCAGAUUUAUUCACCAAACGCGCGCGCAGCACCCGCUCUCUAAAUGAUCUCGUGAGGGGUGAAGUGAUCUUGUGCUGGGUAAAGACAACUGGAAGCGGUGUGCUGAACGCAGGAUUACGAUCGAUCGAGCGUCUCUAGCGUCAUAGGUACGACCGACGUUGGGUCACAAUGGUUGUUUGACAACCCUGAUGUCUUUGCGUUAGUUUCGCAAAAUUCAAAGCAAAAUCGUUGAAAACAAUUUCCAACACUAGCUCAAGCGUUGUGCGGGUCGCCAUCGUCCUCACUGCUACAGUUUGUAGGCUGUGGCAGGAGUAAUUCAAUCUGUUGACGGUGUUUGUUAAACGGAUAAUAGAGAGAAAGAGAGCUUAACACGGAACUGGUUGCUCGUGUGUCGCCGCUACCGACGCGCCGUCACGCCACCCCCCAAACGGCAGGAGGAAUGACCAUCGUUAUGGCCGGUCUAUCGACAGCGGAAAUAUGCGAAAACACGAAGCUGGCCCGCGAGAUGGCCGUGAUGGGGAACUACGAUUCGGCCGGCAUCUACUACGAGGGUGUGCUGCAGAUGCUCCGCAAGCUGCUGGUCGGUCUCAGCGAGCCACUGCAGAAGGGCAAAUGGUUGAUGAUACAGCAAGAAAUUAACAAAGAGUACAAUCAAAUGAAGCUGAUCCAGAAGACGCUUACCGAGAUUACGAUGGAUCUGCAGAACGCACCGCUGCAGGCCCGCAUCCGCACGCCCCUGCACGAAACGGCCAGCAAAGAUCCGGCCGCCUGGUUCCGGGCCGAUCCGGACAUCUGGAUGCCGCCGGCGUCCGGUGGCCGGGGCGGAGGCGGAGGAGGACCGAUCGAUCCGGACGUGUGGGCCCCGGCCCCCGAUAUGCCCCCACCGGACCAUCGGCGGGCGGUAGCGCCCCGCAACCAGUCACGCUCCAGCACAGCGCUGAACCGCAAGUCGGAGGUGAACCGGCGCAAUGCGGCCACAAAGUCAGCCUCCACCUCGACCGUGGGCGGGCGCAAGACAAUCAGCCAGACGGCACGGGCCGGCGGAACGUCCGGGAUGAAUGGUGCGUCCCGCACCGGCACACUGCCCCGCACGAAGGCGGCGGGUCAGCGCGGCUCGACAGCACCGGGCGCUAGCGAUGCCACGAACGGCAAUGGCGAGAAGGGCGACAAGGAGAAGCUCGGCGACGACGAGGAGGGCAACAACGGGGGCGAUACGCCCGAGGAGGUGGAGCGCAAGUUCGAACCGGCCAGCCACGCGGACGUCGACCUGGUGGACAUGCUCGAGCGCGACAUACUGCAGAAGAAUCCGAACAUCCACUGGGACGACAUCGCCGACCUGCACGAGGCGAAGCGGCUGCUGGAGGAGGCGGUCGUCCUGCCGAUGUGGAUGCCCGACUACUUCAAGGGCAUCCGGAGGCCGUGGAAGGGCGUGCUGAUGGUGGGCCCGCCCGGCACGGGCAAAACGAUGCUUGCCAAGGCGGUCGCGACCGAGUGCGGCACCACGUUCUUCAACGUGUCCUCCUCGACGCUCACGUCCAAGUAUCGGGGCGAGUCGGAGAAGCUGGUCCGGUUGCUGUUCGAGAUGGCCCGGUUCUACGCGCCGAGCACGAUCUUCAUCGACGAGAUCGAUUCGCUCUGCUCGCGGCGCGGCUCGGAAUCGGAGCACGAGGCGUCGCGCCGCGUCAAGUCCGAGCUGCUGGUGCAGAUGGACGGCGUCAGCAACGACGAGGCGACCAAGAUCGUGAUGGUGCUGGCCGCCACCAACUUCCCGUGGGACAUCGACGAGGCGCUGCGGCGCCGGCUCGAGAAGCGCAUCUACAUCCCGCUGCCGAACAGCGAGGGCCGCGAGGCGCUGCUCAAGAUCAAUCUGCGCGAGGUGAAGGUGGACGAGUCGGUGGACAUGCGCGACAUUGCCGACCGGCUGGACGGGUACUCGGGCGCGGACAUCACGAACGUGUGCCGGGACGCGUCGAUGAUGUCGAUGCGGCGCAAGAUCGCCGGCCUGCGGCCCGAGCAGAUCCGCCAGCUGGCGAAGGAGGAGCUGGAUCUGCCGGUAUCGAAGCAGGACUUCAAAGAGGCCAUUUCCAAGUGCAACAAGAGCGUAUCCAAAGACGAUCUCGCGAAGUACCAGCAGUGGAUGAAGGAGUUUGGCUCGUCGUGAUGGAACGUCGCGGUGCGGUCGGCAAACAGUAGCAGCAGCAGCAGUUCCGCCUGGCUGUGGUACGCUUUAACCGGGACCACGACGAUCAACCCGAGGAUAAAGCUGUGUAUCGUUUUUUAAAUGACUGAUGAUGAGGAUGACUGGGUGGGUGGUAGGCAGGGCUGUACUAAGGCAGUUCAGCGUGAUUUGUGAUCUUUGUAUAGUGAGAAUGAGAGAAGCGAGGGUGAGAGAGAGCGGGCGUAUCACUUGGGAUCGAAACAUAUGGGACCUUAAAGAGCAAAGGAUUUUUGUGCGACUAUUUGCGCUAAACUUGUCCCACUUCGGUGGCGCAAAUCGGAAGAUUAGCUUCUCGAAUUGCAUCACAUUUUGUUGGGGUUUGGUUUACAACACAGCCAGGCUGCGCAAAACCCUUAUAUCUCGGGCGCUAUAUCACAAUAGUGCCCUUCCGGCUACUAAACGCUUCAACGCAUCGUCAUAUCAACAACAGCACGAGUUACUAAAGAAGAAAGUGCUUGCAAAGCUGGCGAAGAGAGAGUCAAGGGGAGUUGAUUUUCGCUCACAUGCUUCUUCUUUUUUUUUAAUUGUUAUGUACACACGUGCUUUCCGUUGUGCUGAUGUGAUCCAAACGCCUUGACUGGUUGUGCCUGUUGUCAUCCGUGUACGCGGGGCUGUUUUAACAUCAUUUAUGCUUCAAAGGAGCGUCGCAAAAAUUCUGAAGAGGGUUGAGAGGGAUUCUAGCAGGGAAGGAACAACAAAAUCACACAAGAACUAUUAUUACUACUACUGAAUUGAUGAAGGAGAAAGCCGCCCUGUUAGCGAUGGAGGGGGCAAGAACUGCUGAGUGGCGUUAUAGCGAGCGUUUACUUUCUGUUUUCUUUUAUUUUUAAUUUUACUACUACAAUUAAACGAAUCAUAAUACCUAGCGAUUAGGAGCGAUAAGACGUAAUAAACACAUUUGAGUAACAUUUUAUAGAAAAUGACAAAAUAAAAA